AUGGGAACCAAGCUAACCGAAGAGCUGAUCUCCACAGUCCGAUCAAUCGUGGGCUUUGAUUUCUCCGAUAUGGACAUCAUCAGAGCUCUCCACUUGGCAAAAAACAAUCCUACCGCUGCAAUCAACAUUAUCUUUGAUGCCCCUAAUUUCAUUUCCAAACAAAAAUCCCCAACCCCUAAAACCCCAAAUCCAAACCCUAAAUCAAAACCUAAUCCCGUACCCGACAAACAGCCAAAUUUAGUCGUUAAAGAUAACGGAAACCGUAUUUUGAGUCAGAAUUUAGAAGUCAAUUGCAUUGAAAAUGACGCGAGGGAUUGCACCAUUGAUGAUAGUGAGAGGGUUUUGAGUUCGGUUGGGAGCGAGUGGUGGCAUGUGGGGAGUGGUGUGGUGGCGGGGUUGUCGACUUGUAAAGGGAGGAGAGUGAAGGCUGGUAAGGAAGUUAAUUUCACAUUUCCUUUGAAGAGUAAAAUUUCAAAUUCGCCUUCGCCGGGUAAGGGUUUUGGGAGGGGAAGGCAGACAGUCGUAGCGUGCUCAGAGAUCGUUAGGUUUUCUACGAAAGAUAGUGGAGAGCUUGGUCGAAUACCCAAUGAGUGGGCACGGUGUCUUUUGCCACUUGUUAGAGAUGGAAAGGUCAGGAUUAUGGGACGUUGUAAAUCUGCUCCUGAUGUGCUGGGCAUAAUGGAUACAAUUGAAUUAUCAAUAAGUGUAUACUUGAAUAGUGCUAUGUUCCGCAAGCACCACCAGAACUCACUUAAGGCAGCUGCCAAUUCCACUGAAGAAACAAUUGUUCAUCCUCUUCCAAACUUGUUCCGCUUGCUUGGCCUGACCCCUUUUAAGAAGGCAGAAUUUACGCCUGCCGAUUUGAACACAAGGAAGCGACCUUUGAACUCAAAGGAUGGCUGUGGUCUUCUUGCAUCAUUGUUAAAUGUCAGCAAGUCUGAGAAUCAGUCUGGAAAUGGAAAUGAAGUUGAGAAUGAGGAGUCCAUAUCAGAUGCAAAUCUUGAGAAUAUUGUCGGUGUUGGAGACAGCUCUGAGUUAGAGGAAAUGGAUCCUCCCAGUACACUCCAAUGUGACCUUCGUCCCUACCAAAAGCAGGCCCUACAUUGGAUGAUUCAGCUGGAGAAGGGAAAAUGCAUGGACGAGGCAGCAACAACAACACUUCAUCCAUGUUGGGAGGCUUAUCAUUUAGCAGACAAGAGGGAGCUUGUUGUCUAUUUGAAUGUUUUUUCAGGCGAUGCUACAAUAGAAUUUCCAAGCACACUUCAAAUGGCCAGAGGAGGAUGUCUUGAUCAGAUUAUGCUUUUGAAGAUUCUGGCAGAUGCUAUGGGACUUGGGAAGACCAUUAUGACCAUAUCCCUCCUACUCACUCAUUCAGGCAAGGGUGGAUCGUCAAACAGUCAAUCUGGGAGUCAGCCUUGCACUGGAGGUGGUUCAAGUGAUAACUCAGACCAACUGCCAAAUCAACUGACCAAGUCUACAAAAUCUUCAGGCUUUGAUAAGUUGAAGCAAAAGAAGAUGCUAGUAAAUGGUGGCAAUCUGAUAAUAUGUCCGGUGACUCUUCUGGGCCAGUGGAAGGCAGAGUUAGAAACUCAUGCACAACCUGGUUCUCUUUCCAUUUAUGUUCAUUAUGGACAAAGUAGAGUGAAGGAUGCAAAUUUUCUUGCCCACAGUAAUGUUGUAAUAACCACAUAUGGAGUGUUAGCUUCAGAUUUUUCAGCAGAGAAUGCUGAAGGGAAUGCAGGACUAUAUUCAGUUCAUUGGUUUAGAGUGGUUCUUGAUGAGGCCCAUACCAUAAAAUCCUCGAAAAGUCAAAUUUCAGUUGCUGCUGCUGCUCUGGUUGCUGAUCGGCGUUGGUGUCUCACUGGCACUCCUAUCCAGAACAAUGUGGAGGACAUCUACAGCCUUCUUCGGUUUCUGAAGGUGGAACCAUGGGAAAGUUGGGCAUGGUGGAAUAAACUUGUCCAAAAACCAUGCGAGGAGGGUGAUGAGAGAGGGCUAAAGUUGGUCCAGUCCAUCUUAAAGCCUAUUAUGUUAAGGAGAACUAAGUCUAGUCGAGAUCGAGAGGGCAGGCCAAUUCUAGUUCUUCCGACGGCUGAUGUUCAGGUGAUUUACUGCCAACUAACAGAAGCUGAAAAAGAUUUCUACGAGGCUUUGUUUAAAAGAUCCAAGGUGAAGUUCGAUCAAUUUGUUGAGCAAGGGCGGGUUCUUCAUAAUUAUGCUUCUAUUUUGGAAUUACUUUUACGUCUUCGUCAAUGCUGUGAUCAUCCGUUUCUUGUGAUGAGUCGAGGUGAUGCACAAGAAUAUUCUGAUCUGAACAAGCUAGCUAAACGUUUCCUUAAAGGCGGACAGAAUGUUCUUGAAGGAGAAGGCACAGAUGUUCCUUCAAGGGCAUAUAUUCAAGAGGUUGUGGAGGAGCUAAGCAAGGGGGAGCAGGGAGAGUGUCCAAUAUGUCUUGAGGCAUUUGAAGAUGCAGUAUUGACAGCUUGUGCUCAUCGAUUGUGUCGAGAGUGCCUCUUAGCAAGUUGGCGAAAUGCUAGUUCUGGUUUAUGUCCUGUUUGUAGGAAAACGAUCACAAGGCAAGAGCUUAUUACGGCUCCGACUGACAGUAGAUUCCAGAUUGAUGUUGAGAAAAAUUGGGUUGAAUCUUCCAAAAUUGCAGCUCUCUUACAAGAACUUGAAAAGCUUCGUUUGUCAGGAUCUAAGAGCAUUCUCUUCAGUCAGUGGACUGGCUUUCUGGAUCUUUUACAAAUCCCUCUUUCCAGGAGAAACAUUCCAUUUGUUCGUCUUGAUGGAACUCUAAACCAGCAGCAGCGUGAAAGAGUCAUAAAACAAUUUUCAGAAGAUGACAGCAUCCUGGUGUUGCUGAUGUCACUGAAGGCUGGAGGGGUAGGGAUAAAUUUAACAGCAGCGUCCAAUGCCUUUGUUAUGGAUCCAUGGUGGAAUCCGGCUGUAGAGGAGCAAGCUGUCAUGCGUAUUCAUCGCAUUGGACAAACUAAAAGAGUGAUGAUCAGGCGGUUCAUUGUAAAGGGAACAGUCGAGGAAAGAAUGGAAGCAGUGCAAGCACGCAAGCAGCGGAUGAUUUCUGGUGCUUUAAGUGAUCAAGAAGUUCGAACUGCACGAAUUGAAGAGUUGAAGAUGCUGGCAGAUUCUCAAAUAGAGCCUGCUGUGUAUAGGAAGAUGAUUUUGGACAGGUGGGAUGUAGAGGGACCACCGCCAAAUCAAUGGAAACGGGUCCGGAAAAGGAAGCCUCCUCCUCCUCUUCAACACUCAAACGGCGCUUAUCUUGCACUAUCCACUUCGACGCUCUCUGGUUCUGCUACUCAAUAUUAUAGGGUUGGAGUUUUUGAUAACUGUUCUCAGAAAUGGAGGAAUUUGGUCGACUGCUUGACUCUCAAGACUAAGAAAUCUUCUGAAGUCCAGACGAAGAAGCUUGCAGUGGUGCAGAAUGUCAACUAUGGUGCUUUAGGUCUUGAUUUGAUUAGUAUCGAGCUUGUAGUGUCUGAAGAAGUUCUAGAGAGUCGUGAGAAAGCCAAGCCCCAGCUCUGGAAGAUGCGGACACCAGAAGAAGCAUCAGUGCACUGGAGACAGCUAUUUGGACACUUGGAUAGAGAGGAAUGA